GCAUGCAUGCACAAUCUGUCACCCACACACAGGCAGAAACUCAUGCAUGCAGCUAAAUAUUUCUGCAGAGAAACUUCAGAUUUCCCCCUCUUUAAAGACAAAGCCGACGAUGACUUGGAGAUGACCAUUGUGUGCCAUCGGCCGGAGGGUCUCGACCAGCUUGAAGCUCAAACCAAUUUCAGUAAAAGAGAGCUCCAAGUUCUCUACCGGGGCUUCAAGAAUGAAUGUCCCAGUGGAGUUGUUAACGAGGAAACCUUCAAGCAAAUCUACUCACAGUUUUUUCCACAUGGGGGUGAGGACUGUGUGUCACCUUUGCUUCUGUGUCGACUCAUUUCGGUUUACUCACUGCCCCUUUUAUCUGUUGCUCCAGAUGCCAGCACUUACGCUCACUACCUGUUCAAUGCUUUUGACACCGGACACACAGGAUCAAUAAAGUUUGAGGACUUUGUUACAGCUUUAUCCAUCCUCCUAAGAGGUUCUGUCACAGAGAAACUCCAGUGGACCUUUAAUCUCUACGACAUCAACAGAGAUGGAUACAUCAACAAGGAGGAGAUGACAGACAUUGUCAGAGCAAUAUAUGACAUGAUGGGGAAAUACACAUACCCUGUCCUGAAAACUGAUGCACCCAAACAACAUGUGGAUGCCUUCUUCCAAAAAAUGGACAAAAAUCGAGACGGUGUCGUCACGCUUGAUGAAUUCAUCUUUUCUUGUCAAGAGGAUGAAAACAUCAUGAGGUCUCUGCAGCUUUUUGAAAAUGUCAUCUAAAAGGCAAAUGCCAGGAGGGGGUGGAGCAACAGAUGAAAACACAGAGCAAGAGACGAGGGAAGAAAAAGGAUAAGGAGAAUGAAAGACGGACAAAAGUUUGCAGGAGCCAAAAACAUUAAAACCUCAGAGUGAAGCAAAACAAGGAGCUUUAACUGCCACUUUGGGUUUAGAAAUGUAUCUCUGCUGAACAAACCUUCACUGGUUUUUGAAAUCCUCUUUCAGAUUCAUUUGGUCUUUCUCUGAGUGUCUACCUCGUCUCUGUCUCCUUCAUUUAUCACUGUUGUGGCUUACUUUCAGCUUGGACUGUAUUUGUUUUGGGGGGGGGUUUGCCACAUUUGUGUAAAUAUGCAGCCAGUCUCUCCUUUGGGCUAGUCUGUCUCUUGUUUUGAACUAAAAUGCAGCUUACAGGUGAACUAUCCUAAGAAACUAUCUGUUUACAGCAUUAUUUCAUGUAACAGUGCAGCAAAAAUGAGCAAGUUUAUGAAGCAUGUAGGGCAGAUGCCCACAUUAUACUGUAUUUAGUGUGUAUUUGCAAAGUUGUGGGCAGAACGUUUUGUCUUAAUGCUUACAUUUGAGAGCACAUAACUUUGCAGCGCUGAACUAAGUGUCCGUUAAGAUAUCAUAAGUCAGUUCCUGAGCGUUGUAACAACUAAGCUGUGUUAUAGGUAUUUAAUUGUUGUUUUUGUGGCUUUUUCUUACUGUCUGAUGUCUGUCUGUGUUUCUUAUUCUGAUACCUGUCUGUCCUGUUGUCUGAGUGGCUAUAACUCUGUAAUUAUGCUGUCUGUCUCGAUAUCUGCUGAAUAAAGAGCACAUGGGUUGGCUUACAGGUAGAGAGCAACACA